AUGGAGAAAGAAGUUGGCCAAUUACAAAAACAACCAUUAGAUUUGGAUUAUAAGAAAUGUCAAGCUAUGCUUGUUCAAUUAAGGGAUAAUUGUCUUGAACAUUUUCGAUUGGUCUCAAAAUUUCAACUUCACCAAUUUCAAACUGAACAACAAGCAAAAAUUGCUAAUGACCUUUGUGAACGUUACAAACAUUUAAUGGAACAAUUUGAACAAAUGCAAUUACCCUCAGCCCAUUUAGUGCCAAUUAGGAGAACUACAACUCCUUCAGAGACUUGUAGUGUUGAAUUUAGACAUCGACUUGCUUCUCAGCUUUCCUUAGCCUCUACAUCAAGUUCUGUCGGUUUUUCUUCUGAUUUGGAUUCUGAUUUAGCUUCAUUAAAUAGUGAAGUAAUUGUAGCUGAAGCACUUUCACUUAUAAAAGAGGAAAAUUUAAAAGAAAAUUUUGAAGAAGAAAAUAAUGUCUUAAAUACAUUAAUAAAUAAAUUGGAAGCAGGAAACAAAUUGGAGGAUAUUCCAAUUGAAUUAAUUGAAAAAGAAGUUAAACAUAUUCAAAUAGCAAUAGAUAGAUUACAUGCUCGUUAUUAUACUCCUAAACCUUUGGAAAUUGCUAGAGAAGACGUUAAUUUGUUGAAAUUAUUUGCUUCAAAAGUAACUGAACAAAAAACUCAACUUUGCCAAUUAGCCUCCUCCAUUCAAAACGAUACUUUAAAACAACGUUUAUUCAAACUUGUAGCUUCCCUAAAAAGAGAAAAGAAUUCACUUAAACGUUUCCACAAAGCUUUAACAACAGAAAUUAACCAAGAAAUUGAGCUUAGAUCCAAUUACAAACAAAUUGUGGAAAGAUUGGGGGAUGUUGAAAAUUUUGUUGUUUGUGAGAAUCAAAUGGACCCCCAAAAUUUUAAAUCAAAAGAAAAUUUAAAAUUUUUACAACUUCAAAUUGAAUUGCUCAAAAAACAGUGUAGAGUAGUUAGACAAUAUGUGGAAAUUAGUAUUGAUGGAAGCAAAUCUUUAAGUCCUUCAAAACAGAAAAAAAUAAUUUUGAAACUUUGUAAUAGUGUAACUACUAUAAUUCAGGUGUAGAAAUUUUUCUAAAAAAUUUGUAAAAAAUUUUCUGGUCCUCUGAGGGGUUAAAAAAUUUUUGGGAAGAGGUGGUCAUCUCUCGCCUACUUUACAUAUAAUUGUGGGUAUUAAAAAUUAGGGAAGCCUCCAAGAAAAUGGGAAAAAUGCGAAAACCAAGGGGAAAAAAUUGGAAUUGGAAAAAGAACGAAACUUUGUAAUAGUUGUAAAAAAUUUUCGAUAAAAAAAAUUUGGGUCGGAAAAACUGAGCCUAUUUUUCAGUUUUUAGGGAUUAGCUCAGAAACCUUCAGGCUUUGGUCAACC